UGGAGAUAUGAGUCAGCAGUCUGCCAGCUCUGGGAAGGAACCUACUCUACACACUGAAGACAGGAGGUUGGCCUCAAAGACACAGAAAAAGAGGAAGAGAUAGAGAGAAACAUCAAUGUGAAGGGAGCACUGAUCAGUUGCCUCCUGUAUGCAUCUUGACUGGGGAUUGAACCCACAACCUAGCCAUGGGCACAGCAAUGUCCACCCUUAAUAAGCUCCACAUAGGAAGAGGCAAUGGGAGCCAAGAUCUCCAAGAGAAGCUGCAGGAAGUAGGACUGUCAGCUGAGUACUGGUUGCCCAAGAUUCAGGAACACCUGGGUGUGACCUGUGUCGAGGCCUUACAGCACCUAGAAGAAAAAGACCUCCAGAAGCUGAUAUUCCAGGCACAACAUUCUUGGGAGAAAAGGGCCCUGGAGAAGCUGCUCAAUCUGUCACACUCAAAUAGACAUUCAGAGUUACAGGAGUCUCAGGUGAAAAUGAUAACGAAAAAACAGAAGGCAGAACAGGAGCUACAGGAGCUAAGAGACUUGCCAUUAGAACUGAAGCAAGGACAAAAGGAAGCAGUGAAGAAAAAAGAGGCAGAACUGAAACAGGAAAUGGAAAUCUGCAACCAGGACUGGCCACCUGAGAAAUUCCCAAGAGAAAACAAGGAAAACAUCCAGGGACAACUCAACCCCAUGGAGGGGACACUGUCUCACACGGCAAACCUCUCAGAUAGAGAUCUGGUGAGAUGGGCCUCUGGAGGGCUAGCUCUGCAGGGAAUUUACAAAACCAGCCACCAAAUGGAGCUUAUAGAGAAGAGAGAGGAGCUACUCAGUGUCCCCAAGGACUUCUCUCUCUGUGGCCCAGAGCAGGGCACACGGACGGAAACAAGGGAAUUUACAUCUUCUCAAGCAGAAUCCAUGUUCACCCAGAUGAUAGAAAAGCUGGGUGUCAGUGUAACUGCCUUGGCCAAGAGUGCAGGUUGGGGAUUAAGCUCGGAAGAUGGUAUGGACCACAACAAACACCCCAAAUCCAAAGAAAUGCAGCAAACACGUUCUGAGCACUCUUAUUUCUCCUCUACCACAUUCAGCUAUGCCCCACUUGCCUCCUUCCACUUUCCCAUUGAUCAGCUCCAGUUCUCCAAGGCUGCUCUCCAGGAACUGAAAUGCAUUGAAGACCUUCUGGGUCAGCCUGCAGGACCAGACAAACUAACAUGGCUGAAACACAGGGCUGAAGCUUUCUUCCACAGGUUUGGUUCUCAUGCUAACCAGGGCCCUCUGCACCUGGGAGGAAUCUACUGGUGGAAAGCUGUUUCAGAAGAUUUCCAAAGUGAGCAACAGGCAGAAGUAAAACAGCAGGCAGCAGAGGCCCUGAAUGAUUAUAUAAGGGGCAGCGACAGUGGCUUUGGAGUGACAGUUGCUGGAGGUAUGGAGGUGUCAGACUCUCAUGCAACAACUACUGCACAAAGCACAACCUUCCAAAAUCUUCAAACCAAAGUCCAAUUAUCUGUAGCCCAGAUAGGUGGCCCACCUGAAGCAAAUGGCUUUUUCCAGUGGAAAGAUGGCCUAGUUGCCAGUAAUCAAACCUGGUGUGUCAUUGACCGGGGAAUUCAGCUGGUGCCCAUUUGGGACAUCAUCCUCUCCAGUCACAGAAGUGAUUUUAAGGAACCUCUUCAGGUAGCUAACUUUUUGAAAGACAGCUACACAACUCUGACUGGCCUCCCUGGCCAGAUCAAGGGUGGAGAAGAAUUGCUGAGUGUUGGAAAGAAGGCUAUGGUAUUCCUAGAGGAAGUGAAGUCCUGGGAGGUAGCUGAUCCUGAAGAGCAGCUUCAAAAACUCAUAGAUUUCAUGCAAAUGUUGAGUCACAAAACAAAAAGUGAUGACACUUGGGUUAACAUAUGCCUCACAGAUGGGGGUCUACAGAAUUUUCUGGUAAACACCGUUAAUGUUUGCAGAAUGUCUUCCGUUUAUAAAACUAAAUUUGUUAAAUCUCAGUUGCGCAGCCUUUUGGAUCCUCACAUCGACGGAGUGGAAAACUUUCCUCAAGCUCAUUCCAUCAUGCAGUGGAUCUUCCAGUCAGACUCACAAGAGAACAUUCACAUCUCCCAAUUUUCUGAAUUAAUUAAAAUCUUACAAGGAACCAAGAAAGACCUCAUGGAAGUGAAGGCCAAAUCUGAGUCUGCAGAAAUAGUGGAGGAAGCUCAAAAAAAGACCACUAGAGAGGUCAGCUUGUCUCUUGGCUCCUUUUUGAAUUACCUCCAAGAAACACAGCAGGCAGACACCCAGCUCUUGCUAUGUUUUAUUGCAGCUGGUGCAGGAUAUCAUGUGGUAAAAAAUACUUUUCAGUAUCUCCUGGGUUGUGAUGAGUUAGACUUCCUACUGAGUGAAAUGCAAACUGCCCAAGAUAAAUACCAGAAGCUCAAAAAUAUUUGCACCUAUAGGGCUCAGGCAUUUCUGGUGCUCACAGGUCUUACAGCUACUGCUGGAGGUACAGCUAUUUCACCAGAGGAGAAAACAGAACGACUUGCAUUAAUAAAAGAACACAUGGGCCAAUCUUUGUCAAGGGAAGUUGCACAUGUCCUCUCGAAACCUGGAGCAGAUCAUGAUUGGGAAACUCUUGAGAAAGACUUGAGAUUGCUAAUUGAUGGUAAUUAUGAAACCAGCACACCUUUUUUGCAAGUGGAUGAGAAAAGAAUAAAUUUGCCAUUUAGUUUUCAUGAAAAGGAACAAUCCCAUGAACCACAUGAUAAUUAUAGAAGAUGUGAAGUCAUAGGAGACAUGGAUUUCCUGCAAUUACUCCAGCGUCUAGACCUAGAACGAUACUACCCCAAAAAGUUGAGCAGAGAUAACUUCCACAUCAUCCACAAGACUUCUGUGUACAACACCCAGCCCAGCUUGGAAAGGGAGCUUCCCCUCUAUUUCCUACAGAAAUUAUUGGUACAGGAUUAUGAGCUGAGAUACCUGGUCUUCAGAGAGACUGGAAACACACAAAAUCAAGUUUUCUCAAGUGCUUUGAAUCCAGAAAAUGAAUCUUUUGAUCCAUAUGAAGACCUGUUUGAAGACAGUCAGACUCCCACUAAUACUUCAGCCACUAUACCUACAUCCCAUAUUCACCCUAUGGAUAUUCAGAUGGCAAUACUUUACUGUGCAGAUAAUCUUGCCAGACAAUAUAUUUUUUCCAAACUUUCCAUUUGCCAGUUUGCCCUCCCCCUUCUCAUACCUAAUCCCUGCAAUUCUCAAAUUGAGUUCUCUCUCUGGUCUCUUAGUCAAAUUAGAAAAAGCUGGCAGGAAGCAAGGAAAUCAUCAAAAGAGGAGAAGAUCAACUUCAAGAAUAAGCAGAUGUGUUGUGUCUCUACCCCCAUUGUGUCCUUUAUUAGAGUUGGAAAUAACUUCUCUGCUUCCAAAUCUCAGAUCAUGAACUGUCUUCUCAGUAAUCGUAGACAUGAUGUCUUUUUUCACCGACAUUGCAGAGGGAGCACCAAAGACUGUCUCUUGAUGAAGGGUGUGGUAGAAAUCUGCUGGUUCUGUCCUGGGGGGGAAGAUGAGGACAGAUUUGGAAACUGCUUGGCCUUGACCAAUCUUCAUGGAGAUGCAAAAGAACAUGAGAAGCAACUCAGCUUCCUGCAGGAGGUCUCUUCUCUCAUUGUAGUUCUAAUGUCAACUUCUGAUGACAAUAAAGAAAACCAAAAAAUUGUCCGUGACCUGAGUCAGUCACCAAAACCUUUGAUUUAUUUACUUGACAACAAAGAAAAAAUUAUGGUCAAUACUUCUGGCCAAAAAGUGAGAAUUGGGAUCAGGAACAGAAAUGAGGCUGAAUUAACAGAAGAGCUCAUUACUACAAUCACAUAUUUGCUAGAGCUCUCACACACUGCUCUCAGCUUAGAGGACUGUGCCCCAUAUGCUCGCAAGCAAGGAUUCCUUAUUGAUGAAGAUCAGCCAGAAUGCAAGGAAGCCAAAGAAAAGGCAGAGGUCCUAAUGUCUCUACUGAAAGAAAAGAAGAUAUCUCAGGUGAAGAAAAACUUUCUACCCCUUCAGGGACACCUCUGGCAUCGUUGGUGUAUAAAGGACAAAGAACUCUAUCACCUGAGAGAAAAGGGGAAUCGAAGCAUUGAACAACACAAGAGUGAGAUUGAGGCAGAAAAACAAAGAAUACGGGACCAACAGUUCACCAGAGCCUUGCACCUCAGUGACUUAAUGCGUUCUGUCCUUCAAAUUCUCCAAAAUCAUUCAGAAACACAAACCACACUCUACUUUUUGCAAUGGCUGAGUGUAUUUUUAGACAACCUGACUACAGGACACUUGGAAAAACUGAAUGAGAAAAAAAAUGCUUUGUGGUCACUGAUAAAAACAGAAAAGCAAAAAGCGCCUAAGAGCAAAAACCUACUAUGUUGGCAAGAAGAGAUAGAAGUUAUCUCCAAAGAGAUUAAUGACUGUACCCUGGGAAUUGAGCAACUUCUCAGAGAAGUUGGCCAAAUUUAUGAAGCUCUGGAGGAAGUUUCUGUCACAAAAGAUGAAUUUUAUCUCUACCUUCCCCAGAUUGCUGCAGACCUGCUGAUAUCUGGUAUUCCCAUUGAGCUAAUGGAUGGGGAUGCUUCCUAUGUGCCUCUGAGGUGGGCAGCAGCUCUUUUUGACAAGGUCUCUGAGAGACUUGGAAACAAACGGCUGUUUGUUCUCUCCAUCCUUGGCCUACAGAGUUCAGGGAAGUCCACUCUGCUGAAUGCACUUUUUGGGCUGCAGUUCACUGUCAGCGCUGGGAGGUGUACCCGGGGGGCCUACAUGCAGCUCCUGAAGGUAGAGGAGACUUUCAUAGAGGAACUGGGCUUUGAAUUUGUGCUUAUUGUGGACACAGAAGGACUUCGGGCCCCAGAACUCAGCAACAAAUCCAAGAAUCGUGACAAUGAGUUGGCAACUUUUGUCAUUGGACUUGGAAAUUUGACUCUAAUCAAUAUUUUUGGGGAAAAUCCAUCAGAAAUGCAAGAUAUUCUACAAAUAGUUGUCCAAGCUUUUAUGAGGAUGAAACAAGUAAAAAUCUCACCUAGCUGCCUCUUUAUCCACCAGAAUGUAGGGGAAGUCACAGCUAAAGACCAAACUAUGGAAGGACGGAGGCGGUUAGAGCAGAGACUGGAUGAAAUGGCAGCAAUAGCAGCUGAGCAAGAACAGUGCCCAGGUAUAACUUGCUUCAGUGAUGUCAUUAAGUUUGACAUCAAUAGUCAUGUUUUCUACUUUGCUCACCUCUGGGAUGGCAACCCCCCAAUGGCCCCUCCCAAUCCUCGCUACAGCCACAAUGUCCAGGAACUGAGAGGCAGAAUCUUUAUGACUGCCAAAGAGGACUCUCGGCGAAGCAUCUUGAAGAUAUCAGAUGUAAAAUCCCGAGUUCAAGAUUUGUGGAGAGCCCUGGUGAAUGAAAAUUUUAUCUUUAGUUUUAGGAACACCAGAGAGGUCAUGGCAAUGAGCAAAUUAGAAACCAUGUACAACAUGUGGACCUGGGAGCUGAGGAGUCAUGUACUAGACUUGCAGAACCAGCUGAUCAACCAGAUUAAGAAUGGAAUGAUCCAGACACUCACAAUAAGCGCAAUUGCAGCUCCAGUUUCAGAAAAAUAUGAAGCCAUCAAGCAAGAACUUGACAAAUACUUUAAUGAAGAUCCGGAGAGUGAAAUACUGAUUCAGUGGAAAGCGACUUUUGAAAAUAAGCUCUUAAACCUUAAAGAGGCACUUAUUUCAGACACCAAAAGUAAAGCUGAGGGACAUCUUAGUUAUAAAAAAAAUCAAGAAAUACUGGAUAAUAAAAAGUCAAGUUAUGAUAAGGAAUUAUUGGAAAGAAGCCGAGAAUUGGCUACAACUCUAGAGGGCAAAGAACUGAGUGAGGAAGAGCUACAAGAGAAAUUCAAUCAACUUUGGGAAAAAUGGGUCUAUGCUGUGUCCUCAACUGUUCCUCCAGUCACAGAGCCUAACAUUGAUGUGGAUUCUGAAGGCAUCCUUUUGGAAUAUUUUCAAAAGGAGAGAGACAUAGUGAACAUACUGAAGAAAAAAUGUGGGAAAAGAUUUGAAAUAAAUUAUAAGGAACAUAUAAGUGUGAGCAAAAUAAAUCUAUUUUCAAGGCAAUUAGAAGUAUAUGAUGAAGAGUCCAUAAAAACAACUACUAACCACAUUGUUUCACGAUUCAAUGAAACUCUUGACAACAUUCAGAAGCAACAGCGUGAUUACAAUCCAAAUUAUUUCCAUGAAAUUCUGAAAAUAAUGGAAGAUGGGGUUAAGUCCACAUGUACCGAGGAAAGAUACACAUUUACAAGUAAAUAUAAAAUUGACUUAUCUUUGUGUUUAUUUCAAAAAGCAUCAGAAAAGUUUAAGCAAAUGCACGAGGCAUUCAAAAGAGCAAAUGAUCCUGUGAACUACCUGGAAAGCAAGAAAGAUGAUUUCUUCAUGAGUUUUAAGAUCUCUUGUCAAGGGGCAACCUCAAUCACAACAUUUGUUGGGUUUUUGUGGCAAAAACUCACUCCUGCUGUUUCCACCACCAUUUGGAAAAAAAUGGUCCCUAUAAUUGCGGGGGAGAUGCGAGCGAACUGCCCAGCAUUCAAUGGUAACAGGGCUAACCUGGAGAAACACAUUCUUAUAUCUCUGGCAGAAAAUGAACAUUUUGAUGAUUACUGGGAGUACAUUCAUAAUCCAGAGUCAUUUUUCAUGAAUUACAUUCAAAAUUACAUUAAAAGUUAUUGUGCAGACCAAGGAAGUAAAAAUAUAGAAAAAAAUUUAAAAAUGACUUUAGAUGGCAUCAAGACUACCAUCCUCUCAGCUAUUCGUGAAGCCACAGUAAAAGCUAAUGAUCAAAGCAGCACUGGGUCUGGGUGGCUGGAUUUCUUCUGUGGUGAGCUGAAGAGUAACUUGACCUUCCCACGAAAAAACUUAAUAAGCAUUGAACACCAGGAGAUAAAAGAUUUUGAAUUUCUCAAAGAAGCCAUGAGUGAAGCUUUGGAUCCCAUGAUGAACAAAGUAGAAGAGGAUUGUUUGAUGAAGCCUGUAGAAGAAAUGGUUCCUGAAAUCCAGAAGUUGCUCUCUGAACAACUCUGUGGCUGCUGGAAACAGUGUCCCUUCUGUAAAGCAAUUUGUACAAACACCAUCCCUUCACAUGAUGGAGAUCACAGUGUUCCCUUCCACCGUCCCCAGGCUCUCAAUGGAUACAGAUGGGUGAAUACCGACCACUUUUCCAUUGAUUACUGUACUAGUUCAGUAGCAAGUGAAUGUUCCUUCAUUUUGAGUGAUGGUCGUAAAUUCGCAUAUAAGAACUAUCGAGAGGCAAAAGGUGACUAUGCCACAUGGAGCAUCACCCCAGACACGUCCACCCAGCCAUACUGGAAAUGGUUUGUCUGUCACUUCAGAUCAAACCUGGAAGAAAAAUAUCAGAAAACAUUUGCAGGUAGAGGUAAAAUCCCUGAGGCCUGGACCAAAAUCACAAAGCAGGAUGUGCUGGAGGACUUGAAAAAGCAAUAAUACUCAAUAACCCCAAAACACACUUUUCUCACAAUGACAACCACAUUAUUAACAUUUUCAAAUGAAAACUAAAUAUAAAUCAUUUCUAUUUCAAGAUAUAUAAAACAUUUCAAGAGCUGAAGAUUUUCUGUUGAAAGGACUUUUACUUUGUCUCAUUUUCUUAGUUUAAAAAGAAACAACUAAAAUAUAUGAACAGUAUAAUAAAAGUCAAAUUUAGUACAUCCCUUAUUCAUAUUUUAAACUAUUACUCAGAAUGUUAUUUUAUUUUAAAAUAUGUAAUUAACACAUACAUGCCAAAAAUCAUUCUAAUAAAGGGAAAUCAAAAUCAAACUGCAGACACCUAUAAAUUUCUGUGGAUUAACUAUAUGGACAUUUCAUAACCAAUCAACAUAUAGUUCUAGGCUACAAGCUACAGACUGCCUUUUCUUUCACUUUUUCUUCCUCUGAAAUAGCAAAAAAAAGUUACUAAACUUUCAAUGAAAAAAUAUCCAGAAAAGUUCAUGAUUCCCAAUCAUAGAGAUAUUUAAACGUAUUCAUUUCUGGAAAAGGAAAAACACAAGAGACUUAACCAGGAUAGAGCCUAUGUCAAUUCAGAAAAUAUUAUCAAGCAAAUAUGAAAAACAGAAAUUAAAUAACCAUCACCUUUUUUCCACUGUCAUCUUCACAGUUUGCUGUGCAUAAUGUUUUUAAAUAAGUUCACAAGAGUUUAAGUUUUCAUAGCCUGGUCCUUUGCACCAAUCUAAGAAAGACUGGCUUUCUGAACAAGAUAUAUGAGCAAAUAUAAAGUGCCUUUUUAAUUUAGGCUGUGGAAACUGUCUGAUUUGAUUGCACAAUUAAUAAUUUUAAGAAACUAUUCCUUCCAAUACAAAAUAUGAAAGAGUAUAUACUUUUCAGGUUCUGUUAUUAUUCUUUUCAUGGUCCUGGCUGGCGUAGCUCAGUGGAUUGAGCAUGAGCUGUGAACCAAAGGGUCGCAGGUUCGAUUCCCAGUCAGGGCACAUGCCUAGGUUGUGGGCCAGGUCCCCAGUGGGG